CUCAUUAUUCACUUGAUUGAAGCUUUUUUGUCAAACGAAACUCUCCUCUUGGAUUUUCAAAUUAUGAGUAGAAAUCAGAAUUUUCUAGAGAAGACCGCAAACCAUAUCAAGGACGAAAUCGAAAGAUGUAUUAAAAAAUAUAUGAAUUUGGAACAAACCAUUACGUAUAUACAUGAAAAAUACCAUAUUCAUCAUGUUAUCACUAGCGCAACAGUUUGGGAACGUCUUCAAGAAGGUAAUCCAGAUUUCUUCGAAGAAUACUACAAACGAUGCGAAGUUGCUCGUCAAAUAGCUGCAUUCAACGACUUGCUUGCUCAACAAGUAGACCUAAUGCACAAACUUAGAGAAAUUGAGCUUAGUAACGUUGCACCAGUAACACAACUUCAGCAACCUAUUGAUCAAUUUCAUCAUCAUAAUGAUCAAGUUAAUCAUCACCAUCAUCAUCACCAUCAAGAUCAUAUUUAUGAUCAGUGGAUUGCAUCUAAUGAUUUUGCUUAUAUAGAGAACUCAGUCUCUUCUCUCAUUGACGCGUCAUGGAUUGCUGCACCACCACAAUCAAAUAUUUUUAAUUACGGUACUGAUUUUCAAGAUAUGAUGAGUAUAGAGCAAUUCACUAGAGAAUUAGAUCAACAACAACAAAUAUUGCAACUAAAAUCUCAGCAACCAGAACAUCUAACAGAUCAACAAGUAGAAUAUUGUCCUCAGAAGCAUGAUUAUACGACAUUACCUGUGCAACAAGUGCCUGCUCAAUCUCUGGCUUCUUUGAACAGUCUUGAUUUUGCAGGUGAUGGAUUAACCAACAACAACGGCUCAACAGCAACAACAGGGAGUGGUGCAACAAAAGAAAUUCGCAAAAAUAAUCAGUAAUGGUCUAAAUGACCUUUUCUUGUUUCCUUUUUCUUCUUUUGGUCUGUUCCUUUACUUCAGAACACUUAUAUGAAAUAAAGGGAGCUGACAAUAAAGUGUAGAUAGAUAUUACGGGAAUGCAUAUUUUUUCUAGCG